AUGUCAAAUUCGGUAAAGUCACGCGAUUCUGCGCUUAAUGCCAUCAAGCGCUACAUGGCAAAGAGCAUCGAUGAUGCAUUUACGAUGGAUGCUGAAUCCGUGACAAGUUAUCUGCAGCUGUUGAAUGAGCAAUGGGCCCGAUUCAGCGCAGCUCAAGAUGCAGUGGAAAAUUCCUGUGGAGCCGACAACACGGAUUUGGAGGAAAACGUACGAAUUCAAGCCGAAACUUGGUACUCUACUGCAUUGGCGAAUUUCAACCGGGUACAAAAGUGUCGUACAGAACCUCCAAGUCAGCAUGCGACCACACCAACAACCAUAUCUGCCUCUAUACGUUUACCAAAGAUGGAGCUACCAUCAUUUUCGGGCGAUUCCACCGAGUGGGUAGGUUUUUAUGACGCGUUCUGCUCGCUGGUUGAUACAAACGCCGCAUUGUCGGACGGCCAGAAGAUGCAUUACUUACGCAGCUGUUUAAAGGGUGAUGCAUUGAAGAUCAUUAGCGGCUUCAAGAUCAGCGACGCUAACUACAAGGAGGCAUGGGAUCUGUUGAAGUCUCGUUUCAAAAUCAUGCGAGUCAUUGUUGAGGCGCACCUUAAAGCAAUGGCUGACAUCCGAAAAGCCGCAAGGGAUACUGCCAGUGCUAUCAAAGGCGUUCUCGACGCAUAUCAGCAGCAUAUUCGAGAACUGAAGGCUUUAGGUCGCCCCGUCGAAUUCUGGGACGAUUGGUUAGUGCACGAGGUGGUAAACAGAUUAGCAUUUGAGACCAGGAAGCAGUGGGAGCUAUCCCUUGUUACUGACGAGCCCCCAAAUUUCGAUCAAUUAGCAACAUUUUUGGAGGUGAGGUGCCGAUCACUAUCGAUGCUUUCAGCAGCAGCUGCCCCGCCACAAGGCAGUAAGUCGACUACAGCAAGCAGGUCCACCAAGGUUUUCCACGCACUACCGGAGCAGAACAGUGUGAGUUGUCCCUAUUGCAAGGGAGCUCAUAAGAUUUACUCAUGCGAUAAAUUCAAUCCGCUGGAUUCUACCGCUAAAUUAAAGUUCGCUAAAGAGGCACGACUUUGUUUAAAUUGUUUGAGCUCGGGUCAUUUUAAGUCUCGUUGCAAUAGCACAUCGGUAUGUCGAACUUGUCGCCAACGCCAUCACACUCUACUACAUAUCGCUGCAACCGCAACCAGUGAGGCCACUACAGCUGAAAAUAUAAAACAAGCAAGCUCUAACUACGCCACCGCAGAUACCGCUCCUCUUAACAAUGAAACCGCUGCACCCGCAAUCGAUUCUUCGAUGGAUCCCGCUCGCGGAUCCUUUUCUUCGUGCUUAAAUUCUGAUGCUGACCCACUACCUGUAAACCAAAGGACCGUUCUGCUUGCUACAGCUCUAGUAAAGGUGCGCGAUUCCGCCGGUCGCUGGCAACCGGCACGUUUGCUGUUCGACUCUGGGUCCCACGCAUCUUUUGUAACGGAGUCGUGUGUUCAACGCCUGGGUCUACCCAGAACGUCGUCUGCCGUAGUCAUCACAGGAAUUGGGUCAUCACAAGGAGGACGAGCUAGAGGCGAGGUUCUACUUUCGCUUUCGUCAUAUUAUUCAGACAAAUGUUACACGAUCAACGCUCUGAUUCUGCCGAAAAUUACGGGAGAUUUGCCAACGCAAACAUUGGCUCCGUCGACAUGGCCGCACAUUCAUGGGCUAUUCUUAGCAGACCCGCAGUUUAUGAAGCCUGGUCGCAUAGACAUAUUGGUCGGCAUGGACGUUAUGGACCAGCUAGUUUGUCCGGAAAUUCGCAAGGGUCAAUUGGGUAUGCCUAUGAUGCAGCGAACGGUCUUUGGGUGGACACUAUUUGGUAGAGUGGACGGUUCAUCAAUGCCGAGUCUACAGGCAUUACAUUGUGAUGUACGAUUAGAAAGAGCACUUACAAGGUUGUGGGAGUUAGAAGAGACCCCGCACAAAAUGCAUCUGACCGCUGAAGAACGCUUUUGCGAAAAACACUUCGAAUCAACGCACCUGAGGUCACCUGAUGGUCGAUUUAUUGUCGAGUUGCCGCUGAAACCUGAUGUGCCGCUGGGAGAUUCUCGAAGCUUUGCUGUUCGUAAUCUGUUCCGGAUGGAGAGAAAGCUGGCUGGCGACGAAGAGUUACGUAGAAGUUACAAUGAGUUCAUGCAAGAACUCAUUGACAUGAACCAUAUGGAGCGGGUAACUGAAGCGGCAAGUCAAGCGUACUACAUGCCACAUCACCCCGUAGUAAAGGAGUCAAGUGUUACGACAAAGCUACGGGUUGUCUUCAACGCAUCCGCUAAGACUACAACUGGGAACUCACUCAAUGAUGCACUAUUUGUUGGACCGCAGCUGCAACAGGACUUGGUUUCGAUACUCAUGCGCUUCAGAACUCAUCGGUAUGCAGUAACUGCGGAUAUUGCGAAGAUGUACCGCCAAGUCUGCGUAUCAUCCAAUCACGUCGAUCUGCAACGAAUUGUUUGGCGUACUGAUCCAUCAUUGCCUAUCCAAGACUACCGAAUGUUACGUGUCACUUAUGGAGUAGCAGCUGCAUCCCACCUAGCCGUUAAAUCGUUACAGCAGACUGCAGCAUAUUCAGCAAAUAAGUGUGAAAAGGCCGCUGCUGUCAUACAUAGGGAUUUUUACAUGGACGAUCUACUGACUGGCGCUUCUUGUAAAGAAGAACUUCAUUCAUUGCAACGAAAUAUUUCCGAAAUUCUCAGCGGGGGUGGAUUCGAGCUUCGUAAGUGGGCGUCAAACUGUGUGGAGUUGAAGGACUGUAUCUCCAACGCCUCCAAAAACAUUUCGCACUACAUAGCUGAUGGGAAAGACGUUCACGCUUUGGGCCUCAUUUGGAAUACAGAAGAAGACUGCUUCACGUUCGCAAUCAACCUUAAGCAACCCACUUCUAUUUUAUCCAAGAGAGCUUUCUUAUCCGACGCCAGUACGCUUUUCGAUCCGCUGGGAUUGCUCGCUCCAACUACCAUUAAGUCCAAGAUGUGGUUUCAAGACAUCUGGCGUGACGGGGUUAACUGGGAUGACCUCAUUCCCGAGACGAUCUCAAAACAGUGGCUUGAACAUCGCUCAGAACUACAAAAAUUGGAAAUGCUAAAGGUUAAUCGCUGGCUUGGCUGUGGAACGCUUGGUUCAGUAACCGAACUUCACGUAUUUGCCGACGCUUCAGAACGCGCUUACGCUGCCGUUCUGUAUGCGCGCACCGUUCAAAGCGACGGCCAUAUCGCGGUCGCCCUAAUAUCGGCCAAGUCUAAAGUAGCGCCAAUAAAGCCAACUACACUACCUCGUUUGGAGCUUUGUGCAGCGCAUCUCGCUUCCAAGUUAGUGAGAAGCGUGUUAAAUAGUUGGAAUGAUCUCCGCUAUCCGUUGUACGCUUGGACGGAUUCAACUAUUACCUUGGCAUGGCUGCAAGAACACCCCAGCAAAUGGAUGACAUUUAUAGCAAACCGCGUCGCUGACAUCCAAGAGGUACUACCGCCUGAGUGCUGGAAUCACGUCCGCUCCGAACAUAAUCCUGCAGACUGUGCGUCAAGGGGUAUACCUCCGGCUGAUUUAUUGAAUCACCAACUGUGGUGGACGGGACCUGAUUUCCUGCUGAGCAGUAACCAGUUCUGGAAGCAAGCCGCAACAAAGCAGCACACUACCGAGGUUGGUAUGCGCAACAAGGUUCCCGCUCAUGUCGCGACUUCCGACUGUCAUUGGCCAAUGAUAAUGCACUACUCAUCGUUCUCGAAGUUACGACGCGUCGUCGCUUAUGUGAUAAGAUUUUUACGCCAUGUUCGAGCUAAAGUUCAGCGCACCAUUCAAAAGCAAUACGGGCCUCCAAGCUGUCAGGAGAUAUUUGAAGCCGAAUUACGUUUGAUAAGAUAUAGCCAACGUUUCUAUUUUUCUAACGAAAUAUCUUUUUGCAGCGCAAAAAAGCCUCUCCCACUUCGCAGUAGCCUUUUGCGCUUAGAGCCGUUUCUCGACAAAAACGAUGUCCUACGUGUUGGAGGUAGGUUAAAACACGCUGAGGUCUCACCUGAUGUAAAGCAUCCAAUCAUCUUGCACAAGAGCUGUCCGAUAGCAAAGUUAAUGAUCUCCGACAUACAUAAGUUUACGUUACACGCUGGGCCUCGUAUAAUGCAAGUCAUUUUGCAACGCCGAUAUUGGGUUAUCGGUGCUCGUGGCCUGAUUCGUAACGUAUAUCACAAAUGUAUUAAAUGCAUAUGUUUGAAUCGAAAUCUUGCUAUGCAAUCGAUGGGAGAUCUACCCGCUUCCAGAACCAACUACGCUCGUUGUUUCACUCGCUCUGCGGUGGACUUCGCUGGUCCAUACAUGUACAAGUUUACGCACGGCAGAGGAGCGAAGUCUACUAAGGGUUAUAUUUGUUCUUUUGUGUGUAUGUGCACUGGCGCUAUGCACUUGGAAUUGGUUGGUGACUUGUCAGCGCCAGCAUUCCUCAACGCCUUUAAAAGAUUCGUUAACCGCAGAGGAUAUUGCAAGGUCAUGUUCUCUGACAACGGCACAAAUUUUGUCGGCGCUGAAAAGGUUCUGCGUAAUAAUUUUCAACAAUGUAUGUCAGAUGAGAGACUUCGUACAUUUUUUGCUGAUUCGAACAUCGAGUGGCGUUUCAAUCCACCGGCUGCACCCCAUAUGGGAGGAUACUGGGAGACAGGUAUUAAGCGGAUAAAGUAUCACUUGAAACGUGUUUUGGGCGAAACUUUGUUAUCGUAUGAAGAGUUCAGUACGCUACUGACAGAAGUGGAAGCCUGUGUUAACUCCCGCCCACUAUGUGAGAGCUCGACAACUGCAGGAGACCUCGAAGUUCUAACUCCUGGGCAUUUCAUAAUUGGUGAACCGCUGAAGUCGAUCCCAGAGCCUGAGGGUCAAGGGUUCUGGG